AUGGCGGCUCGAGCCUCGCUCUUCGAGGCUUCCCUCUCUUCCCGUGUCGUCCCCAGGAAGUCGCGAGUGCGGACGUCGUCGUGUUGUCCGUCUCUCUCCGCCACAUCACCCUCCCUACCCUCCAGCGCUGCGCCUGCCUCAGCCUCCGCUCCUUCGCGGUUCUCUGCCUCGUCCUCUUUCGCACUUUUCCCCUGCUCUCAGCGUUGUUUUUCGAAUGUCUCCGGCCCUUCAUCCUCGAGUUUUUUUCCCUCACUUUUCAUUCCCCAUCUCUCUGCUUCUUCGGUGUGCUCGACUGACCUGCCCUUCUCUCCUGCUGCGCUGCCCGCCUCGCGGCGCCCCUCCUCCUGCUCGGCAGCGCUUCCUCCUCAGUGUGCCUCCCUCGCGUCUCCCUCGUCUCGGCUCUCGCCUUACUUGCUUUCUUCUCGGGCUCCUGCAGUCUCUGCGCCGUCUUUUUCUUCCUCCCCUGCGUCUUGGUCUCCUUUCCCUUUUCCUUCUUCGCCUCUCGUGUCGCUGUUUCUCAGGCGCACUUCCGAGGCGCCACGGAGUGCGGGAGGACCGCUUUUUCGCCACGAAGGCGUGAGAAAUCUCCCUUUUAGCCUCGCGCAGGUCCGCGGCUACAAGCCCGUGAUCGACUGGGUGAAGACGCGAAUCGGCGCGCGCAUUCGCCAGUACCGAAAAAGAUCACUCAAGAAGAAAAACCACAGCAAAGUUAUUAUGCGCUUUAAGCUCACGAGGUUCGGUUGGCAGAGACUUCGCUCCGGACGCAACGGAGAGAAGGAGAAUCUCACGCACAAGCAACUCAAGAGGACGAUGGGGUACACCUACGUCUCCCGCGACGAUCUGUGGAAAUUCCGCUUUCAGCUGCCGAGCCACGUUUUGCGGAUCCGAGACGCUCCAAUCAACCGCAACCCAAACAUUCGCAAGAUUCGCCGUUCUCUCCCGUCCUACUUCGGAUGA